AUGCUCUUCACCCAGAUUGCCAAAAUUCUCCAAGAAAUAGUCAAGGUGUGGGUGAAAACAAUGCAUUUUAACACUCAUAUUGCACCCAAGUUUUUUGAAGUUUUGAAACAUGGUAGUAGCAGUACUUUUGUAGGUUCAAUCAAGGGCUUGUGCAGGAUAUUUUUGGAUCCAGUGAACAACAACAAUAAUAAUAAUAAUAAUGAUGACGAUGAUGAUGAUAAUGGUGAAAUUAAGAAUAAAAACGAGCAAGGUACCGACAGCAAAGAUGAAGCUGAAGUCAAGAAAAAUAUUCCAACAGAGAGCAAGGUCCAAGUACUCGACGUAAACACUCGGUUUUUCUUGGAACAAAUAAGGGCAGCAGAGAUACUCCACGGAGUGCCACUCAAGUCUGAGUAUGAACUCAUUCCUUUUAAUCGUUUUUCAGCCACUCGAAUCUUCCUCGUAGAACCUGGUCUUGGCAAAAGGGUCGUCGAGAAACCAAUUGGCUUCAAGAAGAAAGACCUCAGUGAGGUGAUUCAGUUCUCAGUUGACCAACUGAAUGAAAACCGCAAAGGGAUGGGCCAAUAUGGCGCCGAGAACUUUGCCGAGGGCAUUUACCGUACCGAUCCAACAAGUGGUUCACACUACGAGCUUUACUUCCACGACAUUGACCGACCUGGCAUGAAAAACUACUACUCAAAGCUCUCCGUGAUCCGGCCUUUCGGCCCCAUGCAGUUGAUCACGAAAAACUGGGUGAAACGAAAAUGGAUCAACUUAAUCCUUCCGCUCUCCGGACGGACAGCGACCUUCCGCCUGUUCCUCGACCGUUUUGUGCGCACUUGCGUUCUGCAGGACAAACGAGUGUUUCUCACAGUUGUGUACUUUGGCAAGGAGGGACUUUCCACGGUCAAGGACAUGCUGUCAGGGAUGGCCCACACUUACAAGGUUAAAUAUAUCAAGCUGAUCAGCCUGAAGGAGAAGUUCUCGCGUGGCCAAGGGCUUCAGGUUGGUGCCCUCAACUGGCGCAACAGCAAUGUACUCAUGUUUUUCUGCGAUGUCGACAUUGUGUUCGGUGUGAACUUCUUGGAGCGAUGUCGACUGAACGCAACUCCAGACAAACGUGUUUACUACCCUAUUGUUUUCAGCCUGUAUAACCCCAACGUCGCCUAUUCCCUCCACGACAUGCUCAUACCCCCGGAGAAGGACCAAUUGGUGAUAUCGAGGGACACAGGGUUCUGGAGGGAUUUCGGUUAUGGAAUGACGUGUCAGUACAAGUCAGACUUCCUCACCAUCCGUGGAUUCGACGAGCAGAUCACCGGCUGGGUCGGCGAGGACGUGCUGCUCUACCAGAAGUACGUGCGCAGCAAGUUCCUGGUGAUAAGGAAAUUAAAGAAAAAGAUCAUAUGGGAUUUUGACAAGUCUGUUGCUAGUAACAAGGAAUGCUAA